AUGACAGAUGUAAAGAGUCUGGAGACGCUGUGGUUUGGACAAGAGUCGGAGAACAUACGCCCUCGCUAUCAGCUCAAAGAAGAGAGGGCCACCAUCACCGUGUAUGACCUGCAGCAUGCCCCGCCCCACAGGAAGCAUGCUAGAUGGAGCGGACGUCCCUGUCCAGGAGUCCGUCUCCACAGCCUUCCCCACCAAUUACAAGUAUCUCAUCGGCCAAUCAGGGGCCCCAAACUACACCCUCUUUUAAUGGACAUGGGAGAAGCGGAAGAUGGGGUUCUGAAGUUGUCCACAUUACAGAAACUGGAGAACCAGACCUUCCUCUCCCAUGCCUGGAUCUCUGAGGAGAGGGUGAUUGUGGAGACGGAAGCAGGCAGGCUGGUGGCAUUCGAGGUUGGAGAACUAUCCCCCCCAGGUCGAUGCAGCCACGAGGCCGGCCAGGCAGAGCGGCAGCAGAUCGUCUCGCUGGUCCUCAGACCCUCAGAAGAGACCUUAGCAGUCAGCACUAACUGCGGUCACCUCUACGGUACCCCGCUGUCCUCCACUGAGGUGGUGCCUGUGCGCUCCGUAGCCUGGAGUGGUGACGACCGUAGGCUGGUGUUGUGUGGCAUGGAGGGGGCUGUGUACAAGUGGAACACCCUGACAGGCAAAAGGGAGGCAGAGAGCAUCAUCAGGCCCUGCAGCUACACCAGCGUCACCAUCUCCCCCGACGCCAAGACUGUUUUUGCCGUCGGGUCUGACUGUGUCCUGAAAGAGAUCCAGGACUGUCAAAUCCUACGUGAGGUGCCUGCUGAAAAUGUAGCCUACACCGCUAUAGUGAUGCCCCGUUCCGGACAGACGUUCUUCACGGGGACCUAGAUCGGAGCCAUCAGGGCCGUCAAGUACCCGUUGUCCAUCCGGGAGUGGAUUGAGCGCCAAGUCCACUCUUCACCCAUCACCAAGAUGAUCAUGUUUGAUGACCGGUACCUGCUGAUGGCAUCUGGGAACGGCUGUCUGCUCAUCUGGAAGAUCACUGACAAGGAGGACCAUGGUCUGAAGAGAGACAAGGAGGUUACCGGCACUGAGGAGAUCCUUAUCACCCAGUCAGAUCUGGAGGAGAAGUCAUACAGUCAUACCUCAAGACUAUCUGCUGUCUUUUCCUCGUCUCCUCUCAUGAGUCCUUCCCUUUGCUUCCACAGCGAGAAUAUCAAGGAGCUCAACAUUAAGUUUGUCCAAGAGAUAGAGUCGCUCAAGGCCAAAAUUGAGUUGUCCAACAGUCAGACGCUGAUGCUGGAAUGCGAGAAGUACCAGGAGCUGCAGCUCAGAUCGCAGCAGAUGCAGCAUUUCUAUGGGAUGCGGCUGCAGCAGAUGGAAGAGACAGCUGCCCUGGAGGAGCUCACCAUGUACCACGAGAGCCAGAUGCAGGAGAAACUACUGGAGCUGGAGCAGUGUCAGAAGGAGUUUCAUAUGCAGGUGAAGGAGUUUGAGGAGAUGAAGAAGUAGAUGGAGGAAGAUGGCAAAAGGGAGAUCCAAGACAUCAAGACCCACUACGAGAGAUGGCUAAGAGACAAGAGAGAGACCAACACAUGCAUGAAGGCUGACGCAGAGAAGAUUUUGACCUUAUCAUUUGACGAACUGGAAAAGAAGAACCAGGAAAUAGAGAAGCACAAAUAUGUUGUGAACUACAAGAUCAAAGAACUGAGGAACCAGAUAGGGCCCAGAGAGAAUGACAUCAAGGAGUUAAAGGAGCAGAUCAACAAAAUGGAGGAGCUGUAUACCUUCCAGAAGAAGAACACUCAGCAGGUGUACAUUGCUGUGCUGAAGCUCAAACUCACCACCACCGACAAGGAGAAAGAGAGAGAGAGAGAGAGAGAGAGAGAGAAGAAGAGCCUGGUCCAUAGGUUCAAAACGGACCUCCAUAACUGCAUGGGGUUUCUCCAGUCACCCAAGAGGCUGAAGGAGAGCAUCAAAGACCUUUAUGAGCACUAUGUACAGCAGAGUGACAUGGUGGGUAUAGUUGAUAUGGAUGCUGACAUCCAGAACGAGUUUCGGCGCAGGGAUCACCUGGACAGGACUGUGGCUUCCUUGAAGAGGAAGCUGGCUGAAGAUGGCGUGAUCCACCAUGCUAAGAACCAAACAUUGAUGCAGGAGCUUCGUCUGGUACGUUCCCAGGUCAACAACUACAAGAGGCUGAUGGGAAAGAAGGGCAGAACGCAGACCAACAAACUCCAAGCCCUGCUGUCUCCCAGGGUCAACUCCAGCAACACGGUGCUACGUCAGAACGAGGGCAGCCGCAUCAUCCAGCUGCAGCGCCUGGAGAUCCAGAGCGGAGAUACAGGUAUCGGCCAGGCUCCAUCUGGUCCCACAGCUGUGAGGGUCCGGGGACAGGCUCUCCUCUCUGUCAUCCACCAAGAGGUCCUGUCAUCCACGAGGAUUACCUGUAAUCCAGUGAGGUGGAACUCGGAUCCGGUGAGGUGACUGUGAUCCAGAUUGUGUC